AUGAUGCGGAGAUCAUUUUGGGCCGCGUAUUCUAUGGACAGAAGUGUUGCAAUUGCCAUGGGAAGGCCGAAGUAUCUGUCAGAUGGCUUCAUCACCGCCAAGUACCCUAGCGAUGCAGAUGACGAGUACAUCACCACUAGUAGUGCCACACAGCCAGAAGGCAUUCCUAGAGGAAAAAAAAGAUAUUGCAUCCAUUGGCUUCGUUAUCGACAACUCCAGUCCGAAAUACACACGGUAUUAUAUGAGAGGAUGCCAUCGCUACACUCUCAGGUUGAUUACCCUCGAUGGCAAAAUACCAUAGCUGAAGAAAUUGAAUCAUGGUAUAAUGCAGUUCUUCAGGAGAGCCGCCCAUCAGAAAUCGGCAGCAGUAAUAUUGCUCCACCAGAGAUUCUAGAGCUUGCCUUUCAGCUGGCCUUGAUGCUGAUUUACCGUCCAUCCCCAAACAACCCAGCUCCGUCCGAUCCAGCAUUAUCAGCGCUUGCCACUUGCUCCAUGGAAGUGACCCAGCUGUAUAAACGUUUCUUUCGUGAGAACAAAGUACGUUUCUAUUGGCACGCAGUUGAGAAUGUCUUCAACGCCGGAACUUCUCUAAUAUAUGCAUAUGCUCACUCCGCUGCGGUACGGGAACAAUACUCCCGCCGAUCACUUGACGCAGCGAUUCAUUCUACAUCCUCGGUUCUGUGGGCGAUGGUGGAGCAUUUCCCUGCAUUCAAAGGUAGGCGCGGUGCUUUCGAAGUAAUAGCCUCGAAAACGCUAGCAGAUUUUGGUGAGCAUGAUGCCACCGAGGGGUCUAGUUUAUCAAGUCAUGCAUCCUUCCCGCCGACAAACGCUGAGUACAGAGACGGCAGAAUGACCAUGAGCCAUUCAAAUAACAAGGCAGGGCUGAGGACGUCACAGGCCGACGAGGAAAGUGACAGUCCCCGUCACAGCAAUCUUUAUGGUACUGGUCGAAUUCCUCUAAGGGACGAAGAGGAGGCAUCUUACCUAGCACUGCCUGUGAGUAUGGAGGGGCCUGAUAUGCACAGCUCGGAUCUGUCGAUGUUUAAUGCUGAAGCAUUUGAUAUUGAUGAGAACAUCGACUUUGACAAAGUACCCGCCAACUGGGAAGAAAUGACAUAUGCAACAUGGCUCUAA